AUGGUGGAGGAACCGUCCGCCAAGCGUCAUCAUGCCGAGACGUCGGACAAGAGCAGCAACCUCGUCAACAUUCACGUCCCCGGCGAGAAGCGCGAGUACACAACAACCCUCAAAGGGGUUGAGCUCCAUGGCAAUGAGACGCUGGAGAUCAUCUGCACCAGCAUACCAGAAAAGGCCGAUGAGGUGAUCUCCAGGCUCUGGAGGAAGCUUGGCGGCAGGACUCGUAGGAUCGUCGGCGUUGGUGCGCACUACACCAACGAAGAUGAACCUCCACAGAUGGCAGCAGUCCUGCAGUUGUGCGUCGACAAACUCUGCUUGGUGUACCACAUUGCAGUGGCCAUAAAAUGGUGA